AUGUUGAACUUGAAAGAGAUAGAGGAGGAUAUCUCAGAAGUGGAAGACAACACCAUUUUUGACCCAGACAUUGAGGAUACUGACAUGUCAACUGAUGGAGAGGAAGAAGCACCUGAAGAGCAGACACCUGAGGAGACAUUCAAGUCCAAGAAUGUUGAUUUGCUCUGGGCUUCAUCCCCCCAGGACAGAAGUGGUAGAAAGAGAGUGAAAAACAUCAUAAAGAUGACGCCAGGGCUAACACGGUAUCCAACAUCUUGUGUGGAUGACAUCAAGUCAAGAAGAAGAAUCUGGCAGGCUUAUGUUCCAGGCAACGAUGUCCUUAGAGCAGUUUCAUGUCAUUUCCAGAAUCAUUCGAUUUGAUAACCAUGAUACACGACCCGUCCGCUGGCGAAAUGACAAACUGGCCAUCAUUAGAGACAUUUGGGACAGGUGGGUGGAGCGCCUACCACUGAUGUACAGUCCAGGCCCUGAGGUGACAGUUGAUGAACGCCUGGUUCCUUUCAGAGGUUGCUGUUCCUUCAAGGUGUACAUUCCAAACAACCUGGAAUCAAGGGAAGACUUUCAAGAGAAGACUCUUCUUAGCAGAGCUGGGGAAAGCUUUGGUGACUCCUCUUAUUCAAUGCCGCCAGCAUGUUCCCAGCACACCAGCUGCCAGUCUGGUUAG